AUGACUGAGGAGCUCGACAUUCUCAUUCUUGGCGCAGGCAUCUCCGGCGUCAACGCCGCGUACCGCGUGCGGACGGAGCUGCCCGAUAGCUCCUUCGCGGUGCUCGAAGCCCGUGACGUCGUCGGUGGGACGUGGUCUUAUUGGAAGUACCCUGGAUUCCGAUCCGACUCGAACAUGACCAACUUUGGCUUUGGGUGGCAUCCAUGGCCCCACGACAAGAAGAUUAUUGAAGGAGCACCCAUUGCCGCCUACAUUGAAGAUGCUGUCAAGACGCAUCACAUCGACAAGCACAUCCGGUUCCAGCACAAAGUCUUGUCAUCAAAUUGGGACAGCGAUGAGGCACGAUGGACUUUGGAAUGCCGCACUCCGGAAGGGAAAAAGAAGAUCAAAGCAAAGUUUCUCUUCAUGUGCUCCGGGUACUACUCGUAUGAGAAGGCCCUGGAGACACAUAUCCCCGGAAUCGAGACGUUUGAGGGGAAGACGAUUCACCCUCAGUGGUGGCCCGAAGAUCUCGACUACGCUGGGAAACGCGUCAUCAUCAUCGGCUCCGGUGCCACCACCAUGACCUUGUUCCCCAGCAUCGCCAAAACGGCUGGCUCCACCACAAUUCUGCAGCGCAGUCCAUCGUAUGUCUUGGCGUUGGGCGCAGAAUCACCGGUAGACAAGGCAGCUAAACGAUUCCUGCCGCUGGUCCUGGCGAACUGGUUCAUCCUGCUCAAGGACCUCCUGCUGGAGACAGUCUUCAUCCAGAUCGUCCUGGGGUUCCCCAACUUGGCCAAGCAGGUCCUCAGGUUCGAUGCCAAGCGCCGGCUUCCGAAGGAUUAUCCUGUAGACAUCCACUUCAAGCCCAAGUACAACCCCUUCGAGCAGCGCCUCAAUAUGUGCCCAGAUGGUGAUGUUUUCGAGACACUGCACCGACCGAACACGGAGAUUGUCACGGAUCAUAUCGAGUCUGUCCAAAAGGACGGCAUUCUCACCAAAUCAGGCCGCCACCUCCCUGCCGAUAUCAUCGUCACGGCGACCGGCCUGCACGUGCAGCUUUUCGGAGGGACGGAUGUGACAGUCGACGGCGUUCCCGUCAAAGUGGGAGAGAAGUACACCUGGCGCGGAUGCAUGCUCGACGGUGUGCCGAACGCAGCGGCAAUCAUCGGCUACGUCACGCAAACCUGGACUCCUGGCGCCGACACCGUGACCCGGCUUUGCAUCCGUGUCAUCAAGCAGAUGCAAAGGACCGGUGCCGUCGCUGCCACCCCCGUCUUGUCGGACGAGGAGAAGAAGAACUCGCCCAGGUUGCCUUGUGUAGAUGCCACAUCCAACUACUUCACCCGUGCGCAUGGCCGGAUGCCGGUGGUGACUAACCAAGGACCUUGGUAUGGAAGGAAGAACCUUAUUGUGGACAAGCUGGCGCUCUGGUUUGGAAGUGUGACGGUAGGCAUGGACUAUCGCUUGGCAACCAAGUCAAAGGACAUUUGA